UCUAUUUCGUCGUCUGCAUUAAAGGCCAAGUGACAGCUCGAACUAUAUUGUUGACAUUCGUAUGAAAAUUACGCUACCGCGUCGUACUCACGAAAAAUGUAAUUUUAUAUAUUAUUAAGAUCGAGAUAUACAAGUGGACUUUCUCUUUUUUUUCAUUGAUAUAAAAACUUUAAUUAAACGAUAUCGGUGAAUUGUGUAUACAUAAGAAGGAAACUCCGAAUUAAAUGAUAAUCGGUGUUUGAGGAAUAUAAUUGCAUUGGGCUAAUAGAUUUGAAGCGCUUAGCGAUUACGAUUAAAGUGGUACCUAUAAACCCUUCGAGCUGUUCCAUAUUGAUUAGUAUCUUUUAGUAGUUCUAACAAUGACUGCUUAUUGGAAAACUCUGUUCAAGCACCGUCGUAAACGUUGUUCUCAGUAGUACGUUCUCGACAGUGAACGAUAAAGUGCGUGCGUAAAAGUGAAUCAAUCCGUAUGGUAUUACGCGCAGUUACUACGGCGUCACUUUCUAAAAAGAAAAUAUUACUUUUUUUUAUUGAUAAUCAAUUUUUUUAAUGGUCUUGAUGUAUAUUGAUAAAUCCGUGUAAAAACGUUGCCAUUAAGGGUGUCCAUGGUGUUUUUGCAUCCGAUUUCACGCCCCUCUCGUGACAUAGGAAAAUAGAAACUGACGAUCGUUUCCGCGAAUUAGGAUUAUCGUUGGUGACUGGUUCAGCGAUUGAUCUGUUCGGUAUUUCAUUAAAGAUUCGAGGUCCAGUGAGGGAGAAUCGAUCAGUGGUCCCGGGUGUAUGUGGUAACGGAAACAACGCGAUCGAUUCGAAUCGGUGAAAUUGUAAAAACGUGGUGAAACGAACAAAGAGAAAGACGGUUUCGGAAUGACCUGUGGCGGUGGCAAGAUCUCGUUAGAAAUAUCGGGUGGGGAGGAGGAGGCAUGGAAGCUGAAGCUGGUCGGCAGUCUCACCAUCAGGGGCUGCAGCUUACCCUGCCAUCCCCGGGAAUCCCCGGACUAGACGUUGUCAGGGCCUUGCAUCAGACUGUGAUAUCGCUGCGCUCCGCGCUGGAUUCUUCGCGGGAAGAGCUUCGCCGUCUUAAGCAGAGCGUUGGUGAUUUUUCUGGCGAGAGCUACGUUGACGUCGUCGAGAGGCUCGCUCUUGAGAAUCACGUCCUUAGGCGAAAGAUUCUAAGCAGGAAUAGUGAGUUUUCUAGUGAUGCUGCCACAAGCCCGCCACCCCAGGCCCGUCUUUUUUCACUCGCAGUAGAAGACGUCAAAGAUCUGUCAGAGCAAGCAGGCGUACUCAUGGACGCGUCCAGGGACAAAGUCGACAUGGAGGACACGGCAGAGGCACCUAAGCCGGUCAUCGAGCCUCGUACCGAUAGCAACACCAGUGGUAACGGCGAGAUUCCCGAUCUGCAGUCUCGUACAGUCGAGAAAGUGCCUAACAGUCAUGUAGAAUCCUCGUCCAAAUCGGAAUCCAGGAGUCAGACGUCGAAGUGUACGAUGUCGAGAGACGCGACUGUUGUUAAAUCUCAGGCUGGAAUAUCUGGUGUCAGUUUGGACGAUACGGUGAAGAGCGGGACUUCGAACGACCUGGCUUCCGCCUUGACGAAUAGACGAUCCAAGGACGUCGAGGCGGAGGAUGGGAACGCGGCGCAGGUCGAUCACUUGGAGGUGCCAGAGAAGGAUCUCGAGGAUCUGAGCUUGAAAUCUGUUUCCGACGGAGACAAUUCGGUGUUCAGCGAUAAUCCGGACACGCAAGUGUUGCAGCAACAUCAACGCCAGAAUCAAUUGGCCGACCAGCCGAAGCCGAACGAUCAAUCCGAGAACGAGUCCGAGGAGUUGGACGAUAUCGAGCUGAUAUUCACCACGGACGAAACUUGUCGCGAUCUUGGUCUUCAGGAAGAUCUGGUCUCCAUAACCGAGACCGAAACUUGGCCACAGUCUGCGCCUACUGGUCAACCGGCGUUGUUGAAGUACGCUAAAUCAGCCGAGGGCGAGUCCUUGGUGUGCAACGGUGAGAAGACCAGCUCCGUCGAGGAAGCGGUUUCUUCGCAAAGCUCGAGCAUCGAUCGCGAGGAAAGCGUGGAUAGGUUCGACGAAAGUUCCAGCACCAGGUUGAACAAAAUAUGGUCUCAGUGCUCGGUGCUGGUCGAAACAGAUAUCAGCAAGUGUGGAGUUGUCGAAGAACCUGAGCAUGCUACCAGACAAGCGGUCAGAAGGAACACUUUAGCCGCGCCACCUACUGCAUACAGACCGAUCAUUCAUCGUGAAGCUUUAGCGGGUAGUCGACGAAAGAGCGCGGCACCAUUGAGACCGGUGAUGGACAGAAUCAGCGGAGCAAGACGAGAGUCUGGUGCCCAAACUGACAUUUCUGCGCUUCCAGCCCACUGGCGUUCCGAGAGUUAUCUCGCGCACAAAGUGGCCCAUACGUUCACCACGUUGCCCAGCAAGUUCGCUCUGCCUACCGGGGUGCCUGGAAGACUUCGAUUGUCCGACAAAACCCGGGAAGCUAGAAGAGUAAUGCUGUCGGACAUCAGCUUCACUAGCAUGGUGCCAGAGUUGUCCAGAAGCGCCGAUCAUCUCUGCCACGACCCACACGCACAGACUUGUUUCAGUUCUCGCGGCUGUGGCCUUCGAACACCGGACGUGCAUCGCCGCGAAUCGCUCGGCUCUCCUGCGGGAUUUUGGCCUCGUUGCAACCCCAGCACAGGACUUCCGAGUCCGUGCGAUUGCCGCCUCUCCACCGACUUUUACUCCUCUCGAUAUCGUGGCUCUUUGUCUUCGAUCCCGUCGCCUGGAUUGGAGGUUGUCGGUGGCCCGUCUCGAAGACACUCGUGGAGAGCAACCGCGACGUCCUUCGAUACCUGGAGAGUUCCGGCGGCCACUUCUACCCCCAGACCAACCUGGUCCUCUAUGCCCUCUUCGCCUACACACGUGCACCCUCCUGCGACGUCCUCGAAAGCUUCUAAGAGCGUUCCAAAGAGGACGCGAUCGAAGGUCACUUUCCAAGAAUGCCCGAUGACGCGAGGCAGUCUGCCAAAUCUGCGCUCGGAUUUGGUGACCGGCGAUAACAGCGGCGAUUCGACCGAAUCGUUGAUCGACGAGGCUGAGGAUUAUUUACGACGGAGCAUCGACUCGAUGCUGACGAUCUCCAGUAGCGGCGUCAGUUCCGACUAUUGGAGCCGACAGACAGCCAGGCGGAGACGUACGCGGCGAUACUCCGAGCCUGAUCUAAUCCGUGAUUGGCAUCCCCCGCAGGAUGCUAGACCGUACCUGCCAAAGAUACCAAGAGAUCUCAAGCUGGAUCAUCUCGUGAAGGUUAUAUCGCCGGAGGGUAAAGUUCUUCAAGGACGAGUGAGAUACGUCGGACCUGUGCCAAGUCGAGAGGAAACUCACGUGGGUGUGGAGUUACCCUAUUUGAAUGGCUCCUCCGACGGCACUUUUCACGGCAGAAGAUUCUUCGAUUGCGAUCCCGGCCGUGCAAUCUUCGUCCCCUUCAAGAAAGUGAUCCUGGCCUGGUGCACUACUUGACCCGAACCGCCGACCAGCCUCACGACUCCCCGAAUUUUGCUGUCUCAGUACACCAUGUGAAUGGAAGAAGAAAACGACGAAACACGUACGUACGCGCGAUCUCUGAUUGGUUCAACAAGUACGUGACGCUCCUUUCCGUCGUGAUCGUCCACGAAGCUUCACUUAACGUACAAAAGCGGACAAGGGUAAGUUCACGUGAGAAGGAGACGCUUCGAAAGCUUCGCGAAGGGACGUUUGACGGCGGUCGAUACGACCGACGUACGUCGCAAACUCCAAACAACGAUCGGAAUUCGAAUCGUGUAUUUCGUCGAUUUUAAGCUGAUUCGUGCGAAAUUCCAUCCGAAUUCCUUCUUUUCUCCGAUCGUGCGAAGUACGUUCGAUCGCAUCGGCAAACGGACCUGGUUCCCUCGCCGGUACCUUAAGACGGAGAAAGGCGUUUUCCAUCGAUGAUCGAUGGUCGUUCGCGUUGGCGUAACCACGAAGACACGAGACGAGUUUGCGUUCUUUGAAAUUCGAAAACGAAGAGUCGAUGGGAACGACAGAUAAAAUAAUAAUAAACGACGAAUGCCAGCGUGCAACGAUCUUCAUCGACGCGUGUACUUAGGAGAUGUUCUAGAUAUCUCGUUGUCGAUCUCUGCGAACGAUUUCCGCCUGAAAAUCGGUGAAUCAGUAUUAUAAUUGUCGCGCGGGCCUGUAUGUUACAAACCUUGUGUAUCGUCGAACAGACGCGCAAGAAGAUAAUCGCAUCGAUGGAUCUCUCGCGAUACUUCGCAUCGAUCGAUCAUCCGUUCGUGAACGAUUCGAACUGAUAGCAAAGGGAGCGAUAGAGCGAGAGGAACAAGUUCUUAAGAGAAUAUUUAGAUUUAGCAAGGUUCGUCGUAAUACUAAUCUCUCGUCGUCGUAAUCGCAAUGAAGGACUCGUUAUUGUCAUUUACGAUCCUGUUUACCUGUUUCGCUUUAUCGUUUUUUCUUCUUCUUAAACGAAUGCACGUACACUUUGCAGCGUAUGCGAUACGUUGGAAAGGAAAGAGAGGAAAAACGCGUAUCCAAAGGAGAACACGUAGCACGAGUACGCUAGACAAAUACGAGACUAUUUUUAUAAUACUCUUUGAGAUCGUGAGAUUUUAAUUGAAGAAAAGAAAUCUGUCGGAAGCGUUUUUUAAUUGUAGUUGUAGACUCGUCGUUAAUACCACAUCGAUAAAGGGAAUACGUUUCUUUUAGGCUCGAACGAAACGGCAGAAACGGUAUAUAGGAAAAUAAAGGGGAAUAUUUCAUAAUUGAUCGUUAGUUUCUUAAAUUUAGGUUCGCGAUGUUUAACGGUCAACGAAAAUAAGUAAAUAAGCGGAUAAUUAAGGAGAUAUUUUGGCCGGGAUAAUCGAUGAAAUUGUUUUCUACGGGAAAACUGGAAACGUUGUGAACUCGGACCGUUCAAUACGCGGCAGUCUACUUUCUGCAUUCGAUCGAUAUCGCGUAAAUGAUUCUUCAAGUCGUGUCGACUGCUUUUGCAUCAAUUUUCUGAUAAUUUUACGGAUAAACGCGAGAUCGUGUUCGUACCUUUAUCAACGUAUUUUUGCUUAAUCUUUUGCUCGAAAUUUAGAGCAGAAACUCGAUUGUCUCUUAGACGAUUAAAAUUAGAGGAAAGCUCGUAAAAGUUCGCCCAAGGCAGAACAAAUUGCUGGAAUUUUUCUUAGAAGGACGAUCAGGCAAUUACGAAGGAUUCUCGCGAGAAAGUUCGAUACAACAGAUUCUUCUACAUUUUAUAUACACGUUACGUUCGAUACUUAACGUUUACGGAGUUUCCCGUAACAGGCGAGAAGAAGGUGACGUGUGUCUGAGAAAAGAAAUCGAAAGGCUCGGAAUUCUUCUUUCUAAUAACACGGAUUUGAUAAGUAAACGGUCGAAUCGAUCGUUAUUUAUACAUAAAGUAUAAGAAACACAUACACGCGCACAGAAGUCUAUCAUAAACGAUAUCAUCGUGCAAAAGAAAACAUACGUUCGAAGUUAAAGUUUUCACUGUACGCUGACAACAUUUUCCCUCGUCCUCUGCAACUACCAAAAAAGAAAAAAAGGAAGAGAAAAGAUGAAUCUCUAGUUCCAUCCUCGUCGUCUACCUUCGUUUCGCGAAUACCACGAAAUUCCUAGAAUAUCCAUGGAAUCAGUCCCAGCGUGUUACUAUUUCACGUUCGUCGUGCCGAAUCAAUUCCCAGCAAAAUUUCCUACGUUUCUGUUUGAAGAACCGAACGAUCCUGGAAAAACGAUACUCGUUAAAUUCCACGUUGUCCGUGCAAUUUCGACAUUUCAUUCCGUGCAUUUUUCCUCUCUCGUCGAUCUCGCAGUUCCAUUUCCACGCUCUUUGCUCCGUUUCGAAAUUUCACUCCUCUGGCGUUCUCCGUUCGAUUUUCCAAGCAGAAUUGACCCGUUGCCUUCUCUCGACCAACGCAACGCCCGUUACGGGAAACUCUGCGCGUAGUACACCGUUGAACGCGCGUUACCGAAGUGACAAUAUCGAUUCCUCGCUGCGACUCGGCCCCAUGCAAAGUGAUAACGCGUCGACGACGAUGUUAACGAAAACUAUGGGCGAAUCGACUUGUUCGCCGACGACUGACGGCGCAAAAGGAUUCACGCGCGUCUCCAUCACGCGUGGAUCGCAGCAUCCAGCGUCGAAGAUGUUCGCGUGAUCAUGCGAAACGCUGUGCGUAUUCUACGCCAUCGCGUGUGUGUAUACUCGUUCGAAGAAAUAUAGUGCGUUGGAAAUUAAUGGUCGAAACGUGUUUCGGGUAUCUGGGCGAAUUUCGCGCGAUUAUCAUUCUUCGAAGAAUGUACAUACGUAGAAUAUGUAUGUACAGGGUGGUUGGUACAACUGGUGGUACAAGCGGAAAAGGAGGUGAUUCUACGCGAAAAAAGAAGUCGAAAAUAUAGAAUAAGAAUUUUUCGUUCGAGGCUUUGUUUUCGAGAAAAUCCACUUUGAAUUUUCGCUCGGUACGUCUCGUUAUAACGGAUCUCACCGUAGAUCGUUGUCUCGAUUGACGUUAUUUUUUAAUUUUUAAAAUUUUUAAAUUUGUAUUCUAUAUUUUCGACUUCUUUUUCCGCUUGUACCACCAGUUACCAACCACCCUGUAUAUUGCAAUUGUAUCUCGCAGAAUGUUACAUCUUGCGAUUAGACCAAGCGCCCUGCGCACAGUUUGUCGUUAAAAGUCUGAGCGAGAAGAUAAUAAGAGAAGAAGGGAACAGAAGUUGUUGAGAAUUGAACGUGAAAAUCGAGUAUGCACGCAUGCUCUCGCGCGGUUUUAUUAAGUCUAGAAAUAUCGUUGUACGAUUCGUGUUGUUGCUCGUGUUUACCGUAUGUUGUACAAAGUGGUCUAUGUAAUUGGAACGAGCGAGAAAGUGCUUCUUUCCUGGUCGUAGUUGCAACGAUAUUUUACGAUCGUACGUCGUUCUCGCAUAGAAGCGGUACGUAGUUUCCGUUUGCAAGGGGACAAUCGUCUCGUUAUUUCAUAUCGGCGAAUAUGCUGAUAGACGAGCGAUCGAUUUCACGACGACGCUUUAAAUAGCGAUGUUUGUCGAAGAACCGCUUGCCGAAACCGGAAAGCAACGGCUCGUUCCAGCUUCACGGACCGCUCGGUAUAACGAAGAAUAAUUAGCGAAAUAAGCGUGUCCUCGCUUAAGGACUAUUUCCUGUUAGCCCUCGACUGGCACCUUUGAGUCGUGAUUAACCGCAACGGUUUCCAUUAACAAGGAAGAUUAAAAAGGAAUCAAGAAACAACAACAAGAGGAAAAAAAAUCGAGUGAUCUUGCCAAAGUAAACGACUCAACGAUACCAGGAUCGAGGACCAAUAUGCAAAAAUUGUUGGAAAUCAAUUUUUAUUCCAACGUAAUGGUGCUCCGUUACGCUCCUAUGAACGUACUGCGAAAAAUGUUCAACAUCGACGUCCUCGAAAAGGAAGCAUCCUCGCAAGGACGUGGCGUACAAUAUUUUCGACCUACGUUCUCGCGCGCGAUCAUCAUCCCCUUUCGGUUCGUCGACUUUCCACGAACCUCGACUUACGUUCGGUCGCCGAGAAGUUGAAGCUUCUAAUCGUGGAAUAGCGUCUACACGCUGACGUAUGUCGAUGUAUCGGAUACGCCGUCGUUCGAGGGCUUCGAAUCCACGGCUGCGCUAUAUUUCUUCAAACUGGAGUACGUCUGUACGUGCGCGCGUAAUACGCUGGAAAGUGAGGAGGAGCAAGAGCGCGUAACAGACGGAACGAGGAGGCGACAGCCGUUCGCGUCGUUGUUCGCGCCGUUGUUCGACGACGAUGUAAAGAGGACGUUGCGAAGAAACGUAAGAAGAGGAUAAAAGAGGAAAGACAGAGAGGCUAUACACGUGUACAUUAUUGUCCGGCGGAGUUUUCAAGUAUUUAAGAGGCUAUAGGACACUCUGUACAAUCCGAGCUGUGUAUAUCUUAAUCGCUGUGCAUCCGUGGAGAAACAUAAUAUUUAAACGCGUGUCUGUAUUCCUGUAUCUGUAUAUCCGUGCAACAUGUAAACGGCAUGACAAACAGUCGCAGUACCGUUUUAACGAUUUUAAGCGAAAUACUACGCAAGUAUAAGCUGACGCUAACUAACGGAGUUCUAGUUGUUAGACUUUUAAUCGAGCGUCUUCGUUCGAAGGACUGUCUCGAGAUAUCCUUUUCAAACGCGUCCAGUUGAUCCAUCGACAGGCCGAACGUUUUGCGUUAACGGGACCUUUCAUUCUGCUAUCUGUUUCUACCAUUUGUCUAUUUAUUAUCGAAUUUCGUCUUUGGACAUUGGACGAAGGGCAAUUACGAUAUUACCAAGUUCCAACUUUAAUUCGUUCUCCUGAUUGACUUCCCACGCGUUGUCAAUUGUCCUGGUCGUUGAUGGAUUAACGACGCGUCCAAGACUCGUCGAUGUUACGGAUAUCGUCCUUCUCGCGCUCCGUGCGAACAGAUUCGUCUGGCCAUCGACGAUGAAUCCGCGAAUCGCGUUCUGAUCGAACGAUAGAGGCAAGUCGAUCGCGAGAGCAACUUUGUACGGCGACUGGCGAAGAUCGAGCUCGACGUAGGAUCUUAUUUCGUUAAAUGUGGAUCAAUCGGGUCGUUGCUUAUGCCAAAUAAUUUUUCUUACGAAACGUAUCGACGGAUGUGUCGUUGCAAAACUCGCCGAGUAUUACAACCACGAUACAAGGGGUAUCUUCGAGUUUCGAAUCCGAUUUCGGUGACAGAUGGAAAAGUAGCGGUGUGAAUCUCGUUUAGCCUUCGUUGUUUGUCUUGUUCUUCGACUCGAAGCCCGGAAAAAGACCGGUGAAAAGUUAUUUUUAUAUCCUGACGGUAUUCAUCGUCGGCAUUGCAGACUCGUUGCAUAUUCAUCGAAUCUGCGUGGUAUACUGCUCGCCCGUGAGACUGUUCGCAGUUGCCUGUCAUAAUUUCAGAUAAUAACAGUAGUAGAAUCAAGGACAAACAUCGGCCGUAAUCCGCCAUUAGCGUCUCGAUAGCCAGCAAACGCAAGUUACUCAACUGGAAUUGCAUUUUACCGUGAAAGAGGAAAAGAGGCGCCGCACUUACCGCGAGGAAUCGUCGCAGUACGUGAGACUCGCUGGCUCAAUGGGAAAAAUUUCUUACGCACAGUGUCUAGUACCUGCAUCUUCAUUUUCUAUUAAAUCCCGAGAUCCGGAUAAUUUUAUAACGUUAAAAUAUUUUGAAUAUCGAAAAAUCUUCGCAAAAGAAAAAAAUAGAA